AUGCAACACAAUAAUAACUAUAUUUUGAAUGGACAAAUGUUGGAUUUUAUAAAGAAGUCGUGUGAAAGUUUAUAUUCAAAAGAAUCGGAUAUACAUCGACAAAUUCAGCAGUUAUUAAAUGUAAUUCGUGAUUUUCAGUAUCAUGUCGACACAAUUCGUGGUGUAAUAGUAUCGCAGAGUACUUACGAUUCGAAUGUUCAAAUAGACGAUGGGUUUUUAGAUGACACGAAUAGUUCCACAUUUGUUAAUCAUGAUUCAUCUCAAGUAUUGAUGGAAUCUCAAAAAGAUCAAUCAGCACUAGGUCGAACAUCAAAUUUAAAUGAUGCCAUAAUCAAAUUAUCUUCGCCUUCAUCAGUCGUAUCACCUGUAUCAAAAAUCACGGGAGAACACACUACCGAUAUGUCAAAUAUUGUUGAUUCAUUAAUUCUAAAUUUAUCGCAUGUAAUGUCUAACACAUGGUCAUUAAUAAAAUCAGAUGUUACAUAUGAUGCUAAAGAUGUGAACGAAUUAAUUGAUGCUUUAUAUUUGGAUAAUAGAAUAAUUAUGAAAAAAGUGAAUGCUUGGGAAGAAAAUUGUGAACUGAAUCAACCAUCGCGACCAUCACCAACUACAAAUAUAAACGAUAUGUUAAAAUCUGUUGUUGAAACAAUUGAAACAAUUUGUCAGUAUUUUGAUGUUGAACAACGCCAUCUCAAUGAUAAACAUCAACAAUAUGACGAUAAACGAGAGACAAUCGAAAUAUUUGUGAAUAAAUUACAUGAAAAAUGUCAGUUAUCAAAACCUAUAUUUUUAAAGGAAAUUGAUUUGUUAACAUUAGAAAAUGAAUGUUUGAUGAAACAAAAUGAAUCGGUUGAAACAAUUACACAACAAGUUAAAACAUUCUUACAUUCAAAUUAA